UUAUAGACUGGAAAUAUUAAAAAAGACUACUGAGGAAGAAGGAGACAACAAAACCCAGAGAGUCGGUAACCUGCGAAAACAUUAAAAAAAAAAGAUUUUUCUCACUUCUCCUGCACAUUCUUCACCCUACGAUCCAGUCCAUUCUCAUGCAAACCAACGGCUCCGAUCACAUCAUCUUUACCAACUGUGUUACAGGAGGAUUUUCUUUUUUUUUUCAUGUUUUAAAGAGCAUAUAUAGGUGGUUAAGACAUAUUCAGAUGCAGUCCCAUCCUGAAGAAACUAUCCGUAUGGUAAAAAAGGAAGCAGAUUGUUGCACUGAUUCCUGUCACACAGGUCAUUUGCAGAGCACUCUUCAGGAACCCAUAGAAGUUUCUUCCUCAAACGAGGAUAACUCUCAUGAUACAGGGGAUAUCGAUGACCCAUCAAUUGAAGAUUCCUCUAAACAGUUGGUCCUUUAUGACCCUGUGACUAAUGGUGCUGGUCAAAUUGAACCUGUUCCUCAACCUAUUCAGUUCCAGCGUCCAUUUAGAAGAUAUUCAGACCCAAAUGUGCCUUCUAGAGUCUUGCCAUCUGUAGGAACUUUUACUGUACAAUGUGCCAAAUGUUUUAAGUGGAGACUCAUCCCAACGAAGAAGAAAUAUGAAGAAUUACGUGAACAUAUUCUAGAAGAGCCUUUUUUCUGUGAAACUGCUCGUGGGUGGCGACCUGAUAUAUCAUGUGAUGAUCCAACAGACAUCACUCAAGAUGGGAGUAGGCUGUGGGCUAUUGACAAGCCUAACAUAGCUCAACCCCCUCCUGGCUGGCAAAGGUUGCUGCGAAUCAGGGGCGAAGGAAGUAGCAAAUUUGCAGAUGUGUACUAUCAAUCACCAUCAGGCAAGAGACUUCGCUCAAUGGUGGAAGUCCAAAAGUACUUAAUUGAACAUCCAGAGUAUAUGACAUUUGGUGUAACUCUCUCACAGUUUUCAUUUCAAAUCCCAAAGCCUCUGCAGGAAAACUAUGUGAGAAAAAGGCGUCCAAGUUUAUCAGCUUCAUGUGAUGAUACUAGACAUCUUCAACCCGGUGAAGGUGAUUUUACAGAACUCCAGCUUGGCAAGCCUGCGCUCUUAUCUCCACCCUCGUCGAUUCAGUACUCUGCUUCUCCUUCUUUUGAUCGACCAGUAAAGAAGAAAGCCGGGACACAAUCAAAACAGAAUUACAGGACUGCCAAUCCAGUAUGUAAUCAGGAUGAUGCGAAAGUUGAACAGCUUGAUCAAUCUAGAAACAGUGGUUCCGAUUUGUGAGGCUUGUUCCAUAUCCUUUUUGAUGACCGGAUUUUACCGUUCGUGUUUUGCUGUCAUGUUUUGUCUUGCAAUACUUUUUAUGUUUUUCGACCACAGGGUUCUGAUGAACCAACACAAACAAGGCAGUAAAAUGGGUCCGGGAGGAUGCAUUGUUGUUUUACUUUGUGCAUAUUAGAGGAUUUCUGGGUUUCUUUCACCCUUAGAAAUUAGAAUCAUAUAUUCUUGACUGUUCAUGGAGUUUUUAAUUUGACUGGGUAUUGUUUGCAUCUCCA